UCACGGAAAAUAGGCAUGAGUGCGAAUUUCACCAUUGUAUAUUUCGUUACAGUUCUGCAUAAGAUAUCUAGAUAAAAUGAACAAGAUAAAAGAUUGCGUUGAUUAAGUGUACGUAGAACAGCCACAGCUACAACGAAGCCACAACACAGCUACGGCUCCGACGCAGCCACAACACCCUCGAGGAAAAAUAUGUAUGUAACAAUGUUAAUUUGAAUCAGCCGUAUGUUAAUUUCAAUGGCAGCCAACAAACUCAUAGUGGGUACUUUCUCAAUCAGAGAAACACCCAUGUUUGAUACAAUAACAGCCUCCCUCUCACCCCAACUAAAAACACAUCCUAAACCGUUUGCAUUGCCAUCACCAAGAAUUCGCACAAAAAAAUUGAAUACGAAGAAGCUGUGUAUAUCCUCAGGCAAAGUAUCCACAUUUAAUUUCAAUACAGAACAACUCUGUCUAUCCUCAAGUACCCCCUUAUUACUAAGUGGAUCAUCAUGUGACCAUAGGCUUUGGGCUGUAAGGACCAGCAGCAGUGGGGACGAUGGGUUUAUUCCUGCUUUGUUAGAGAGACCUUCUUAUGUUCCUAAGCAGGAAAGUGUAGAUUAUAACGACUUCGAGGAGGAGGAGGAGGAGGAGGAGGAAGAGGAAGAAGAGGAGGAGAAUUCGGGGAGUUUGAGUUUUUUGUUAAAUUAUGUGAAGGAUUCUGAAAAGGAAGAUGAAAAUAAAUUUUUUAAUUGGAAUGAUUGGGAGCUUGAAAUUCUCAGGGAGACUCAGCCUCUUAUAAGAUUUUCGAAGAUGUUACUUCAUUCUACCAGAUACAAAAGUGGGGAGAGGCUGACAGCACUGGAUGAGAAAAUUAUUCUUGAAAAGCUUCUUCCAUAUCAUCCAGAGAUGGAAGAAAAAGUUGGCCCCGGGGUUGAUUUUAUCUCGGUUGACUAUCACCCAGAUUUUCAUAGAUCCCGCUGCUUAUUUCUUACUCGGAUGGAUGGGAUAUCAGUUGAUUUCUCAUUCUGGAAAUGUUUGAAAGGGCUUGUCUGGAAAAAAUACCCAUUAUAUGCUGAGACAUUCAUACAAAAACAUAUGACUCGUCCCAGCAGUUGACAUGGUGCCUUUCUAUAAAGUAUAAAGUGACUUGGGUAAGAUUUGGAUAUUCCUCUGGCUUUGUUGAGGAAAGAAUGUGGUGGGAUCUUUUGACGUUAGUUCUGACCACCCAAGGAAGGUACAUUGAAUGCCAUUGUUUAAUCAUAUAACCUUGGUGACAUUGCUUAUUGUUAUGCAAGAAGAAAUGUCAAGGAAGUGCAGUAAGGGAAUCCCCUCAACAAGCAAUAUGGAUGGAAUUGUUAUUGUUGUAAUAUAUGAAAUUUGCUAUAGGAAUGCUGUUCUGGGAAGUAAUCAAUAUGGGACUCCUUUGAACAAAGCCAUCACACCUUAUGGAUAUAAAAUAACUUCUGCUUCUAUCUGAAUUGAUGGGAAUGUGUAGAUUUGGUAUCUAUGUCAAACCUGGUGAUGUAGAUAUGAGUGGGAAACGUAAUGCCAUAAUACUUAUUUCAUCUUUUAUUUUA